ACAGACGAUGUAAACAUCAGUGCCGCCAAUAGCUGCAAAAGGAAACUGUCGUUAAGUUCAUAUUCAGAUCUAGAAGGAAAUAAAAAUACUAUAAUAUUAUUAAAAAUGUAUUUCAUUGGCCUUCAUAAUACACUGAGGCCCUCGACAGGGAUCAGCCGAUUAUUUUCCAAUAAAGCAUGUAUUGUCAGAAACGAUUUGUGAAAUCAAAGCACAUAGGUGUGUUAUCAAAGUCAAUUGGUGAAAUUGUGAGUACGUGUGCAGAGAGUAUUGAAUACGUGUUCUCGAUGUGCUCGAUAAUACUAUUGGAUUGUAUUGUAUAAUACGAUUGUGAUGAUUGUUGCGUAUCAAGUGAAUUUACUUUCGAUACUCUCUGACUUUUCGCGAGUUGGAUCCACGUUUCGGCAAAUAUUUGGUGUUUGUUAGUUACGUCAAAAAUUUUGUGAUCGUUGUUCCUACUUGCGAAUUAAGAUGUAUGUAUAACUAACAUAACUGUGCGCGAAUCGCUAUGGAUAUAAAUACAUUAAAAAGUUUAAAACACUUGAUAAAAGAAGUUCUUGUUUGACGCAUACCACAUAUUUAUACAUUGUUGGAAUUCCUCUUUCUACACACAUAAGUAAAACUACACAAGUACUGCACGAUGGCAGAAAAGCACAUACUAUAUUUUGUCGUAACAUUGUUUAUGUUACAAAUAAUAUAUGGAAUAGAUAUUAAAGGUUUUGAUGAUACAGUAAUCUUCAAAGUGAAUUGGCCUGGACGUGAAGUGAAAGAAUUUUUGGAACCAGAUGCAGAAACAUUGAUGGUGAGAACAGAACAAAAUGAACAGUACAUGUGCUUGCUGCCAAAAGUUCAGGAGAAGGAAAAGAAUAAUGAAGAAAAUUAUGAUGGCCCAAAUCCUUUGGAAUUACUUGCACCUGUGUUUCAAUCUCCUUCUUCAUGUUAUUAUCGAAUCGAAUCCUUCUGGAAAUAUGAACUUUGUCAUGGGCGGCAUAUUCGACAGUACCAUGAAGAACGAGAAGGAAAGAAAGUGAAGCAGCAGGAGUAUUAUCUUGGAAAAUGGGAUAGUGUACAGCAAUUAAAACUUUAUGAAGAGCUUGAAAAAAUGAAAUCAUCAUCCGAGAAUGUACCAAUGAAAAAGAUAGAUGGAAUGAAUAUGCCAUAUCUUCAAAUAAAUAUGACAGAUGGGACCAUAUGUGACGUUAAUAAGAAGCCAAGAUUUACAAGAGUGUUAUAUGUUUGCUACGCACAUGGUAAACAUGAGAUUUCAUCUUUAAAGGAGACCUCCAUUUGUGAAUAUGAGGUGGUAGUAUUGUCUCCACAUCUAUGUAAACAUCCGAAAUACAAGCCUCAGGAAUCUGGUGAAAAUAUUAUUAAUUGCCAUUCUCUGGAAGGUUCGCCAAAAAAACCAAAAGAAUUACUGGCUUUGGAAGCUGAAAGUUUGAAAUUGAAACAGCAAAAAAUAUCUGAUGAAAAGUUGCAGCAAGUUUUUGCUGUGUUCUCCAUUGACAGGAGUGGGGAGGGUCAGGAUGGCGAACCUCCAAAACUGCGGGUUGAAAUUCAUCCAGUUGAGGUGUCUGUUGACACAGAGCAGGAGCCUGUGUCAACUCCUCAUGCUCCACCAUUGACUGAUACAUCAGCAGUAAACAGCUUUUUAUCAGGACAGCAUUGUAUUGUUGGUGGAACUGGUUGGUGGAAGUACGAAUUUUGUUAUGGUGUAAGUGUUAGUCAGUUUCACAUAGAAAAAGAUGGGACGAAGACUGUCCUCAAUUUAGGAAAAUUUAACAAAGAGAAACAUUUUGAAUGGCUGGAAAAAAAUCCACAUAAGCGACCAAAGGCCAUAGGGUCAAGAAAACAGGUUUCUCAUUUGUAUUCUGGUGGUACCAUUUGUGAUAAAACUGGCCGGUCACGACAGACUGAAGUUAAGCUUAAAUGCUCAGAAACCAAUGCAAGUCCAGGUUCAGUUGCUUUAUUUAUGUAUGAACCUAAAACAUGUGAAUAUAUUUUGGGUGUUGAAUCACCUUUUAUUUGUGAUAUCCUCCCACAUGCUGAUGAAAAUGGUAUAAUCAAAUAUAGUGGGAGUCCUGAAAGUGGAGAUGAAGUGACAGUGUCUGCCGAAGAAGAAGAGGAUGAUGAGGAAGGAGAUGAUGAUGAUACGCAAGAUACCAUUACCGAUGAUGAUUUUGACAUUCAUAAUAAUAGAAUAAAUGGAGGAGAUGAGUGAAGCAUCAAUGUGGUUUUCUUUUUAAAUUCCACUUUAAUUUUUCAGCUGUGUAAUCUGUCACUUUGCGUUAAGCAAAUAUUUUCUCUACAGCAGUAUGUUCACUGUUAUCAAAAGAACAAAAAAUGAGAAUUAGCAAGGUUUUGAGGUGGGCUUGAAAGCCUGCGAGUGUCACAUAAACCUUUUUUGUGGCAAGUAAAAUAGGGUGUUUGCCAAUGUUGUGGAGUAGGCUUUUUAUCUUAGAUAUAAAACAUUGUGUUUUUUUUGACUUUCAUAAGUACUUGAUGACUCUCUGCCAUAAUUUUUCCAAUUACUGGAAUGAUUACUUCCAAAUUUUGCAUGAAUAGUUACAAGCAGCUGAGAAAAACCAUAUGGGCUUUAUAGUCCCAAAAUGUUUUUGCAAAUUUGGAUACACCCAAACAACUUUCUUACUUGAUGUGGUUAUGCAAUGCUCUUGGCAUUGCGGCAGGACAAGAAUUGAAUGUAGGGAAGAAUGUAGCAUGAUCAUGAUGGGAAGGGUCAAGUGAGGAACGCAUUAAAAUUAAAACGUAUUUAUACAUUGUUGCUUCAGUAUUCCUCUAGAACAGUAACAUGUGCAAAAGUUGUUGCCCCUGAAAGUAUUGUAAAAGUAUAUUUGACAUCAAACAAUUUCAAAGUAGGUUUAGAAUUGUAUAGAGACUUACAGAUUCUCAAGGAAUGUUGUGCAUUUGGUAUGUGGGUUAUUGAGAUAUAAAUUAGAAUUUUUAUAGAUUUAUUUAUGGCUGAUAAAAUUAAAAUUAAAAAUCAGUUUUUAUUUUUUUUGCAUAAUCUGUUUUAAUGAAAAUGUAUUUUUUCUGGCAGAUAUGUAGCUUUUAAAUCUGCUCACCAGUCAAAUGAAGUGGUCGCACUAACAGUUAUGUGCACAUGAACUGUUAAACUUCUGUUUUGUUGUCAAGCAUUUCUCUGACUGUAAUAUAUGAAACUUACCGGUACUUUUUGUCCUACUCCUUCCUUAAAGCAAUUGAGAACAAACUAUCAGAUAUCUCUGUAUGUUUCUAUGCCCCUCAAUUAAGAAACAGGGGAUCUCAUCUUUCCAAUUUUUUCUGAUUGUGUGAGCUUUAUUAACACUUAUGUUCACUUCCAAUUUAUAAUUUCAACAACAAUUAGGCAUCUGCGACCUGCCACAAGAUCAUCAACAACUUGACUAUUAUAAUCAUUGACAGUUGUCGGUGAACGGCUACUGUGGCUUUGGUUUUCUACGUUAUUACAACCACUCUGAAAUUAUUUUAUUGUGUUUUUAACAAGAUAAUAUCCCCAAACUACCUCUCUUAUACCUCUUUAGAUUAGGGAAAAUGUCAGUAUCUUUGAUGCCCUUGUUAGGGGGAAAAUGAAUAAAUAUAAGUACAUUGGGCUUCUGUUGCUCCCCCGGCAUACUCUCUGCCCUCCUUCCCUCUUCCCCCUCACGUACACAAACACUCAUAACAUUAAAACUCAUGUUUACAUUUGAAUUAUGUGUAUACUUUAAAUAAAAAAAAUACUAUAGAAAUGCAUUAAAAAAUAUUUGUUAGCAGUUCUUUUCCAGAAUGAAAUAUUGGAAUUUCCUUGGCAAGAUCUCUGAUUAUGUCCUCUUAACAAUGUUAAUACUCUUUUUGUCAGUAUUUUAUUAUUUAGAGUCACAUUCAUAAUCUCGUCAAUGAAAAAGCAUUGCCAAGGGCAGAAAAAUUUAAGAUUUUCUUCUUCUUCUUCUUCUUAUUAUUAUUAUUAUUAUU